AUGGGUUCUGAAGGAUCAUCACGAGUUGUUGUUCCAAGGAACUUCAGAUUAUUAGAAGAGCUUGAGAGAGGCGAGAAAGGAAUAGGUGAUGGUACAGUCAGCUACGGAAUGGAUGAUGCCGAUGAUGUGUACAUGCAGUCGUGGACUGGAACUAUUAUUGGUCCUCCUAAUACUGCACAUGAAGGACGCAUCUACCAAUUGAAGUUAUUUUGUGGGAAAGAAUAUCCAGAAAGGCCACCUAGUGUGAAGUUCCAAACCCGGAUCAAUAUGAGCUGUGUCAAUGAAGAAAGUGGCGUGGUUGAACCAAGUCUUUUCCCUAUGCUUGCCGACUGGCGAAGGGACCUUGGAGCUGAAGGUUCUUCUCUUCUGGGAUCAUUACACGGCUCUUGUACAUUUAGGAAACGACUCUAA